AUGUGCAUAUUUAUCUCCAAUUUCGGAAUCGGGCCUAUUGCUCCAAAUUUUGAAAAUAUUCUUGAGGAUAAAGGUUGGUAUGCAACUGACCAGUUUCUGUUAGAGGUCAUUUUUCACAAUAAAAUGAAAAGGUACAAGUGCUUGACUAAUGAUUCUUCUUCUGCUACUGCAAUUUUUGUGCCAUUUUAUGCUGGUUUGGAUGUGAGUCGAUAUGUGUUAGAUGGAUCAAAUGCCCAAAGAGACGAAAAUUCACUAAGGCUAGCAAAAUGGAUAGUGAAAACCCGUGAAUGGAAAAAAAUGCAAGGCCGUGAUCAUUUCUCUGUGCUGGGACGAAUCUCUAUUGAUUUUCAUCGAGAAAGUGAAGAUAGAUGGGGAAGUAAAUUACUUAUGUUGCCUGACUUCAACAACAUGACUUUUCUCAACAUUGAAUCUGAUUCACGGAGUAGUAACGAGUUUGCCAUUCCUUAUCCAACUUAUUUUCACCCAUCUAGUGAUAUUGAAGUUUUUCAAUGGCAAGAAAAAGUCCAAAAAUUGAAUAGAUCAUAUUUAUAUGCAUUUGUUGGAUGUCGAAGGCCUAAUAUAGCAACUUCAAUUCGUGAUCAAAUCAUUCAACAAUGCAUCUCUUCUUAUCCGCGUUGUAAAUUGCUUGAUUGUAAUACCAGUGAUUGUAAUAAUCCUGCGAAUGUGAUAAAAACAUUCGGAAAAUCUGUAUUCUGUUUACAACCUGCAGGUGAUUCAUAUACAAGACGUUCAACAUUUGACUCGAUCCUAGCUGGUUGUAUUCCGGUAUUCUUUCAUCCAAGAUCUGCUUACACACAAUAUGUCUGGCAUUUACCUGAUAAUAGCACAAAAUAUUCUGUGCUUAUUGAUGAGGAAGCCUUGCGUAAUGAAAAUGUGAAAAUCGAGAAGAUACUCAAGGAGAUUCCUGAACAUGAAGUGGAAGCAAUGAGAAAAGAGGUGAUCAAGUUAAUCCCAAAGAUUAUAUAUGCUCAUCCAAGGUCAAGCUUGAGGACAUUUGAAGAUGCAUUUGACAUAGCAGUACAAAAUGUUGUUCAAAGAAUAAAUAGUAUAACCAAAAAAGAGAGACUUGAGUAUUGA